AUGCAGAAUCACCUUCAGAUGGCGCUUGAUCUUCAGCCGGAGCGUGUGUUAUCCCUUGCUCGGCACUUACGUGCCCCUCUGGUUGGCCAUAGCCCGGAGGGCCGCAUUCGCCUCGCCUACCAAUUGGGGAGGGAGGCCGCUCGCAUCUUUACAGGCGAGCGCCGCUGCUUCCAAAGCGCCAGCAUCAGCUCGCGCCGGACUGUGUACGUGAUCUUGGCGGGCGACCUUGUGGAGCGCCCCUUCUUCACCCCCCACUCCACCGACAUCUACUUCAAGACGGUCAAACCGCGAGGCGAGUUCGACCCAGCUUCUAUUUCCCACACGGCUUCGCGAGCAUUUCCGAGGCGGAGGCCUUCUGUCUGGGGGCCGGGCUUCCCGGCCUUCCUAGAUCCCAGUGAUGACCGAGCUCUGAAGGGAUGGCGCACGGCAGCAGAUUCUGGCGCGGACGAGCAGCCAGCUCGGCGCUCUAGACCAGAUGGAGGCCCGGCUUUCCAUGCCAGAGGAGCGGGGCGCCCAACCGUAGCGGGGUCGGGGUUGGGGCUGGGGGGCGCAAAGCUCCUUGGAUGGGCUCCGCAGUUGCUCGAAAAGAUGCAAAUCUCAGCCAGGGUCAAGUGGAUCAGUUGCUUCAGCUGGCAGGGCAAGCGCUCAAACUUUUUCAGCCCCUUUGGCAGCCCCGAAGCCGCCCAAGCGCCACCCUGGUACUGCGUUCGGCGCGGCCAGCGCUGGGGGCACCGACCUCCUCUCAGACGACUCUUGGCCGGCAGACCCAGAUUCUCGCCACGACCCAUUGCAGCUCCUUGGAUCCGGCGGCGACUCCGAAGAGUCCUCGAAGGUGACGGUGUGAAAGGCAUGGCGGCCCGGCAGCUCCUUCGAAAGCAGUUUCUUCAGCAUCCUAGGUGA